ACCAGACAAAACGGAGGCGGAGAGAGACCGUAGCCAAUAAGAAAAGCCACUCACCCCGACGGCUGAAAAAGGACACUUCAGACUGAGUAGGCUAAGUGAAAAAAAGAACAGGCUGAGUCAUAUGACUGUAGUUCCCGAGAAUUGGCUUUAGGCAUUAUAGAUGUCAACAACAGUUUUUAGUUGAUUUCCCACACGGCCAAUUCAGUAUGCCAGCCGCAUAAAACUGCUAUUUCGUCUCGACGUUGUUGGACAACCGAUGUCAGAUGUCUGUGUCCAUGUCUAUUCUGGACAGCCCGCGCACUUCAGUGUUUACGUUCCAGUCUUCCGUGCACAGCUGCCAUGUGCUGCAUUGCCUGGACGACCAGCGGAGGCGGGACCUGUUGUGUGACAUCACGGUGGUGGUGGAGGGGCGGAGCUUCAGGGCACACCGUUCGGUGCUGGCCUCAUGUAGUGACUACUUCACACACAGGGUCUCCACCCAUGCAACCCAGGGACUGGUCAUCACCCUGCCUGAAGAGGUGUCUGAAAAAGGAUUUGAACCCCUGCUGGACUUUGCCUACACAUCCAAACUGCUCUUCAGCAAAAACAACAUCAUGGAAAUACGCCAGUGCGCCUCCACCUUGGGUUUCAGGGACCUGGAUUCAGCCUGCUUUGACUUCCUCCUGCCCAAGUUCUUCAGAAGCAGCAGCCCAGCCCUGAUCCAGAGAAAGACCUGCUGUAAAACACUCUGCAGGAAACGGUCUCCCAGAGCAGAAGACCUCAGGGCAGAUGUUCUAGUUGAUGACAAGGACCUCAAGGCGGUUUCUGACUUGCCUGUUGAACAGGGUGUGGGUAGUGGCCCACACCAAAGCAGACAACACUCCAUUGACAAGACAGGCAGCAAAAGUGAAAAACCUGACCCUGCUCCUGAAGGCGCUAUCCAAUCAGACAUCCAGACUGACUACUCUCUUCAGUGCCCCAAGUACCGUAAGUUCCAGCUGGCUUGUGGGAAGGAGAGGAUGUGUCUGGAGGUCUGUCGCCCAGAAAUUAAUCCUGAUUGCCCAGUUUUGAUUGAGAAGUGCUGCCCUCUAACCCAGCCUCCUGCCAGGUUCCGGUCCUCUCUGCCCUGUUCUAGUGGAGGAGUCUGUGGGCAGACCACAGGAGACAACAGCUAUGCUCCAUCACAGACACCCUCCAACCAGCCAGGAGAGGGGCAGGAGGAGAGCAGAGGACAGGAGGAGAAGAAGAGUGAAGUGGCGGUGGAGAGAAGAGGAGAGGAUGAGGAGAGGAAAGAGAGAAAUGACGGGAAGAAGAAUUGGGAUGAAGGAAAGCGUGAGGCAGGCGAAGGGAACGUAGACUGGUCUGACAGAACCAGAGACUGGGACUCAGCCGUCGACUGCAUUCGCUCUUUCCUUCCGGUUGACGUGGUGUCCCAUAGUGGGUCUAACAGCUGCCAGGAGACCCUGGGUGAGGGAACCAUAGGUACAGAACCACACCGAUGCCCACUGGGACCUGGGCUGGAUUUUCAGGGCCUUGGUGGUCUGGGUGGAGGAGACUGUGUUUCCGGGGGACGAGGGAUCGACCCAGAUGCCUUCAUCUCUAGCCAGCCACAUGCAGUGCAGAAGCAGGUGAGAAGAGAUGGAACAGAGGUGGAGAGACAUAAGCAACAGGGAGGAAGACAGAGUGGAGUGGGAGAGUGGAGAGGGAGUGAAUGGGAAGAGAGGAGCAGCGUGGAGAGAGAGGUGGCUGAACACUUGGCCCAUGUCGCUAGUCUUCCGCUCCCUCUGGAUUCACCCCCUGGGAGAGAGAUGGAUGCUCAGGGCCUCCAGGGCAGAAGGCCGACCAUGAACUGGCUGAACCAGCUGGACCUGAAAUCCACACCUGGGCACUGUCCCUUCCUUCACGACCUGGACGGAGAGACGGACAGAGAGACCGGUUCAGGGACAGACAGUGGAACAGGACAGGGGGAAGCCCAUCUGCUAGGCUGUGUGGCGUCUUCCUAUUCAGAGAAGAGUCCCUGUUUGUCCUCUCUGAACUCAGGGGACGAUGGAGACUCGGAAGGCUUUGACACGGAGGGGGACAGUGAGACCUGCUCCUACAGCCAGAGAGCCAAGGAGGUCCAGCUGCCAUUCUCUGUGGGUCGUGUCUUGGGGUUGAGCAGGAAUGACUUCCAGCUGAUGCUGAGACACCACCCUCUGACCAGAGAACAGCUGGACUUUGUCCAGGAUGUCCGACGCAGGAGUAAGAACCGCAUCGCCGCACAGCGCUGUCGCAAGAGGAAGCUGGACUGCAUACACAACCUGGAGUGUGAGAUAAACAAACUGAGGGCCGAGAAGGACAAUUUGAUGUCAGAGAGGACCCAUCUGAGCCAGAUGAAGCAGAAUGCGUGGCACAGUGUCUCUGCCCUGUGUCAGAGAGUCUGCAGUGAGGCAGCCCUGAGACCAGAACAACUCCAGGUCCUAGCCAAGUACACGUCCACAGAUUGCCCUCUCUCCGCUCUCAUCUCCCCCACAGAGCCUGCCUCCCCUGGGCUAGGAGGACUAACACAGGCCCUGGCUUCUCCAUCGGCCUGCUGCUUCUUAGGCCCAUCCUCAGAUACCUUGGAACCUCAAGAGCCAUUGGCCAGUUGCUCCAGAGACAAGCCCACAGGGGCGGAGCUCUCAGGUAAUUGGACGAGCCUGCAGGUACAAACCUGUGAUCAGGUGACUGAUGACCCGGCCAUAGAACCGUGUGACCAACACAGAUGUCGGCCCGAACACGUUGAGUGACCAUCGUCAUCAUCAUCAUUAUUAAAUCCACUUACAUCCCUCUACAGACAUCCCUCUAAGAAACUUUGUGCAUCCCAAAAACAUUACCUUCCUCCUGAAGUGUGCUGUUGCUCACGACUGCUCGUCAAUGUAAAAGAGCCAUGAUCAAGUGCAGAAACAUGGGCUCAUCGGGACCUGUGUGGGUGACAGAGUCACGACUGUGAAAAUACAACCAACAACUCACAUGAUAAUGAACAGAGAAUGUAACCACUACUAAUGGUCCACUCAAUCACUUUUUUUGUAAUUUAUUUUUGAUACAAUGAGCAUUCCUUUAUAAGAUGAAAAUUACCUUUGUAAGCCUUUUCAAAAACUCUGAUGGACAUUCCGCUGGACAUGCUCUAAAACUUCCUCGGAAUCUCCUCUGGAUACCCAAGCCACGGGAACCUUUGGUCAACUUCGGGUAACUGUAGGUCAACUUAAGGUCAGCUUAUUGUGGGCCUGUGGUCAGGGAUCAGACUGUCUAGCCUCACAGCAGCACUCACAUGACCUCAGACAGGCUUGAUAUUUCUCAGGAGACCGCUGGGACUGCAGCUGAUUGUGUUCUAGAACUCUAAAGGAUUCCAAACUAUUUCAGUGGACUUCCUCAGCUUAUAGAACUGUUAAUCUCUGGGCAGUGUCUGUGAACGGUCCCAUUUCAGUUUAUCAUUUCAAUUGAGUUUAUUUAUUUUUUAUUCUGGUACGCUCCAUAUAGCACAUGUCUCAUGAAGGAUGUGCCUACUCAGGAAUGGCAAUACAGUGUAUAUAACCUGCUCCUUUCCUCCUGUCUCACUUCCCCACCUUGUCUCUCUCAUUUGUUCUUUUUUCUGUCUCUCUAUGGUUAAAUUCCAAUCCACUAUUAGUCCCCUUCGCAAUGCUCAGGUGAUUUCAAGACUCGGAUGUGACGGACAUUGGAUGUCUUUCAAUUGGUGGACUAUGAGCAUGUCCAUCUUGACAAGUCUUCAGUCAAGUAGUUGCACACAGAAGGCAGUAAACCCCAGGGGUGAAGAGCAUAGCAACACAUAGAGCACUUGUCACCCAGAAGAAUCAGAAUAGACUUUGUGAUGUGGACGCUGCCUCAUUGUGGCUGUUGAGAUUCCUUGGAGUACAUUUAGCAAG